GAGAGAGCUGAAGGAGGGUGGGAAGGAUGAGAAGGAUGAAGAAUUUCACGACUUGUACAAGGAAUGUUAUUCUGAGGUGGAAAAACUGGAUACCCAGAUUGUAUUUUAAUAUGUCUGUGCCUUGCGAUCGGCUAGGAAUUCGCACGAUCCCUUUUCUACGUUGCAUUUUUCGACCACCACCACCUUCGUUUUCACCUCUAAUACCCUUUCCGUUCUGUCAUGGCAUCUGCAAAGACAUCCUCCUCUACUGCUAACGGCACUGCAAAGGGCAAGAAAGAGCCCCCCACCAAUGGAGCGGUAUCCUCAGUCGAGAAAAGGGACACGUUGGAUGUGUCUUCUCAUGCGCCAUCGACAGGUAAACCGGACAAGAAGGCGUAUGAGGCUGAUCAGGGCAGAAUAAAAGGCGAAAUAGGUGCUCUCCAAGCAAAUCUGUCUGCUCUACGGGAUAAAAUCUCAUUGACGACCAAGGGCGGCACUGGAAAUGAGCGGCGGAAUCACCUGCGAACUGAACUUGACGAUAUUCGUAGUCAGCAGUCCAGUAACAAGGCCUCGAGAAGAAAGAUCCUGGAUCAGCUUAAAGCGUACCAGGAUAACGUACAGAAAAAGAUCAAGGACCUUCAGGCCGCGCAAUCAAAGAUUCUGUUUAAAAAUGUUGGCGAGGUUGAUGCUCGGAUCAAAACUCUAGAAAAACAAGUCGAAUCCGGCAACAUGAAGCUUGCGGAUGAAAAACGAGCCGUCCACGAAAUCAGUACAUGCAAAUGUAACAGACGCACUGUAGAGAGUUUCCAGGCCACUCAGGAAUCCAUUGAGGCUGACCGUCACUCUAUCGACGAGCUCCGAAAACAGCUCGACAAUCCGGAAUUCAAAGCCACCUCGGACCGUUUCGAGAGUAUCAAAGCCGAGCUUGACGAGUUGAAGCGGGAGGAAGACGAAGCUUAUGUUGGUCGUGCUAAGCUUUUUGAAGAGCGGGACGGCCUCCAAGCGCAGCUCAGCGCACUCUUCGACGAGAAGCGCGACUCGGCACAGAGGUUCCGAGAAGCCAACAACCGCUAUUGGGCCAAAGUCAACGAGGACCGGGCCAGGCGUGCCGAGAGGGCCCAGGCUCAGCGCGCCGCUGAAGAGGCAGAGAGGCGGAGAGAGGCCGUACAGCGUCUGCGGGACGAGGCAGAGAUCCCCGCAUAUCAGUCCCAGAUUGAAGACUGCCAGACCCUCAUCGCUUACCUCUCAGGCAAGAACACAGGCCCCUCUAAACUGAACGGCGUGCCUUCUGACCCCAAGGCUCAGGUGGCCGGUGUUGCCAAGCUGGAGCUCAGGAAGGUCGAGGCAGCACCUGAGGGCGCAGUUGUACGGAAGAAGAAGGGUGAAGAGGCUAGCUACUUUGUCGCCAAGGGCAAAGGCAAGGGAAGGAAGAGCGCUCCCAAACCCGUCAGCACACCUGAACCUACGCCUGGUGGAUUCAAUAUCGACUUUUCCAGGUUCUCCGCCCUCUUAUCCCUAUCCAUUUCUCCUCCAGACUCUGCCGCAGAUGUGCCUCGUGUUAUCUCCGACUUGCAGACCAAGAAGGCUUGGUUCGAGGCAAACCAAUCUCGUGUCACAGCUGAGAACCUUGCCAAAGCGGAGGCUGAGAUCAAUCGUCUGAGUACGAAGGAGGUUGCUGCAACACCGGAGAUCACUCCCAGUGCUGGAGAAUAUCCCGGUGAACCUGCAUCGACGGCCCCAUCUUCAGUAGUUCCUGAUGACGUUGCGGAGGCAACGGUUGAUGCUGUGCACGAGGAGGUCAAGGAGGCUGAUUCAUGAUAAGUUGCAUGAUUAGUUACUGUGGAUAUGUCUUCUCAAUAUAGUAAUCAAACCUAUCUCAUUGAAAUCUUCUAUGCUGUAUAGAUGAAAUAAAUUGAGCAAGGAAUACAGCCGGAUAGCUUUAUAUAUGAUAUAUAUCGAUAACAAAUCCGAGAAUCCUUUACAAGGUGAUUA